GCGGUGAACAUGCACCGGGCGGCGGCAGUAUGACUGUAGGAGGGCAGCAGGUGAGGAGAAGGAAGAUGCAGCCCACCUCGGAGAGCAGUGCUGUCAGUGUGUCCGGGGCGGCCAUCCCUUCCCUGUGCCGGAGCCGCAGUGUCCGGGAGCAACAAGCUCAGCUGAAGCACAAGCUGAGGGAACUGCCGUCCUUGCUGAGGAGCGGCCUGACCCUGCGGAGAAGAAGCUCCGUCUAUGGAGCGUCCCCAGCCCUGGCAGAGACGGACGACACUGCGGCGGCCACCAACGGCCCGGUUCUGACUGAACGAAUUUCAAACAUUUGUGUGGACAAUUCAACCAGCAAGUCCUAUGGUGAGAGCGUGGCUUGUGCUGGCAGAGCAUUGAGGAAUGCUGUAAGAAACUUGUCUCCAGGACUUAUUCGUGAUCGAAUGUAUCUUACCUGUAUUUGUCGAAGGAGCUGUGUGGGUUCAGAGCUGGUGGAUUGGCUCCUGCAGAACUGUCAAUUUGUCCAGUGCAGAUACACAGCCGCAGGCAUCUGGCAGAUCUUACUGAAGCUCGGAAUUCUCCUUUCAGUUGACAAACAGCAUUGCUUCCAAGAUGGGUUUGUUUUCUACCAGUUUUCUUCUGAUGAGUGUACUGAUACUGUCUGUGAAUUUGGAAGAGACAGAGGGUGGCAGAUGGGGGUUCGGCUCUUAAAACAGCUUGCACCACUUGCCCCACUGACCUCGAAUAUCUGUGAUGUGUCUACUGAUAAGUUAGAAAAUGGGACUGAUGCAAAUAACAGAGUUCUGCAAAUACAAGCACUUGCCCGUCUCACUUCUGCAGUGCAGCGGGAACUUGCAGCUGUUAUUGCCUUGAAAGCAAGAAAAUCUAUCAGUGAUGAAGAGGAGUUGAGUUGCCAAGAUGAAUCCAGCCCUACGAAUUCAGAGCACACCUCAGACACAGAGGCUGGGGUCAUGUGCAAACUACAAGGGAGAGAAGACUUCAAACGCAUAGAUUUUGUACAGAAGUUGUCCAGGGACAAUCAGAUCAUGCCGCCGACAGCAAAGCCACCUGACAAGAAAGCACACCAAGAUGAAGAAGCUACCACCGUACAAGUGAGAGAACAGGACCAAGAUGUUCUGGUGCUUAAGAAAGUGUCGUCAGAGCGGCCAGCCUCCACAGCAGGGAGUGGCGAGACUGAUUGGAGGUACAUGGUGGUGUCUGGGACGCCGGAGAAGAUUUUGGAGCAUCUCCUGAAUGACCUGCACCUGGAUGAGGUACAAGACAAAGAGACAGAUACCCUCCUGGAUGACUUCCUCCUCACGUACACGGUCUUCAUGACAACAGACGACUUGUGCCAAGCGCUCCUCAGACACUAUUGUGCCAAGAAAUACGACGGCAAAGCAGACAGCCCAGAGGCCCUGUGCACAAAGAGAAAGGUCUUGCUUCUUGCAUCCCAGUGGACGGCUCUGUACAAAGACUGGUUACAUGAUGAUGAGCAUUCCAAGCUAUUCCUGAAGACCCUCUAUCGCUAUGUGUUGGAUGAUGUCUAUGAGUAUCCAAUGCUAGAAAAAGAAUUAAAGGAAUUCCAGAAAGUGUUGCGGAUCCAUCGACGUCAUACUGUGGAUGAAUACUCACCCCAUCGAAAGAACAGAGCCCUCUUCCACCAAUUCAGUCUGAAGGAGAACUGGCUGCAGCACAGAGGAAAUGUUAAUGAAAUAGAGGAAAUUUUCUGCCGGGUCUACAUAACAGAUCACUCCUAUGUCAGCAUCAGGACAAAGGUAUCCAGCACUGUACAAGAUAUACUGAAGAUAGUGGCUGAGCGGAUUCAACAUUCCGAAGAGGACCUGGCUUUGGUCACUGUCACGUUUUCAGGAGAAAAACAAGAACUUUUGCCAACAGAAAUGGCACUAUCAAAGUCACUGGAGUCAUCGAGUCGCAUUUACACUUACAGGAAGAGCGAUACUUUGAACCCAUUUGCAGAGAAUGAAGAGGCGCACAGCAGAUCCGUAAGAAUUCUGGGGAUGAACACCUGGGAUCUCGCUUUGGAAUUGACCAGUUUUGAUUGGAGUCUCUUCAAUUCAAUACAUGAGCAAGAGCUGAUAUACUUCACAUUCAGCAGACAGGGGAAGGGUGAGAACACGCUGAACCUGAGUCUUCUACUGCAGAGAUGUAAUGAAGUCCAGCUCUGGGUGGCCACAGAGAUCCUGCUCUGCAGCCAGCUGGGAAAACGGGUGCAGCUAAUGAAGAAGUUCAUCAAAAUCGCUGCUCAUUGUAAAGCUCAAAGGAAUUUGAACUCUUUCUUUGCAAUUAUAAUGGGUCUGAACACGACAUCUGUCAGUCGACUGUCUCAGACAUGGGAGAAAAUCCCAGGAAAGUUCAAGAAACUUUUUGCCGAACUUGAAAGUCUGACGGAUCCAUCUUUAAAUCACAAAGCUUACCGAGAUUCUUUCAAGAAAAUGAAGCCGCCCAAAAUCCCCUUCAUGCCUUUACUUCUAAAGGAUGUCACAUUCAUUCAUGAAGGAAAUAAAACAUUUUUGGAUAACCUUGUCAACUUUGAAAAGCUACAUAUGAUAGCUGACACAGUCCGAUCACUGAGAUACUGCAGGAACAACCAGUUUGGCAACGACAUGCCGCAGAAGGAACGCCAGGAGGCCCGUUUCUACACACACAACCUGCUCGUGAUUGACAACCAGCAGACUUUGUUUGAGUUAUCUCACAGGAUAGAGCCGCGAGUGUAGACACAGCCCCGUCUGGACUGAAUGACCGCUGAUGCCAAGCAUGUAGCUUUACAAGGAAAUAUUUUUACUGAGUUUUAUCAGUAAUAAACAGAAGAACACAGCCGAGAUUGGAGCAGCACAUGACCCCCUUUCCCUCAAACAGAAGUGCUGGACUGAAAAUUCACUGUUCUGCGUCAUGCAUAAUGAACUUAUUGCUUUACCCAGCAGCUGGUAUGCUGUCUGCAUUGUGUGGCUGGUCCCUGACGUGAAGAAACAUCUGCAGCUACUUCUGACUUUCUGAACCUACACAGCUAAAUCUCUACAGCUCCAAUGUAUAAAUCUUGCAGUGUUUUGAGUGCUGUAAAGUGCAUAGACCAGGCCAUGGUCACCAACUUUGGCACAGUGUUCCCUAGUAUACAUGCAGAAUGUAGUAUGCUGACAGAGGCACUGAGAUAGUCUUGCCAGGAUGACACUAGUUGGCAAGAGUUCCUUGCCUUGGAUCAAUAGUUUAGGGCCUGAGAUGUCAGUGUCAUUACUAUAAACUGAGGUUAUUAUACAAAGGUACCAGUCACACUUUCAGGACAGGUCUGAAUCUGCUUGGUGGCUGUGUGAAAGUAACAAGACCUCUUACCACUGACCUUAUUAUACAUCAAGCCCUUAGUGCUGUAUUGCCUGUGGUAGCAUAUUGAUACAGACUAUUAUACUGGCUUUC